UGCAGUAAAACAGUUCAAAUGGUACUUGGGACAAUACUAACGGCAGGUGCGUCGGUCACCGCCAGCCUAUUAUUUGUCCACGUCGCUGUCCUACCCCUGGUCUUCAAAUACAGCAAAUUCAUCCAGAGGAAAAUUGUCUUCUCGAACUGUGUCAACUACCCAAGAGAUCCCGAUUAUGAGAAUCCCUCGAAAUGUAAUGUUAUAGGCGGAAGAAAUUUCCAAGUGGAGUUUCAUUCAGUGGCCGCCAAUUGCCCUGUGAAGAUCGGAGCGUGGCAAAUGAUUCCCUAUUCGUUAUGUCAAUGUAGAACUUGUGAUGCAAAAAAAAAGCAAUGUUGCUCCGUGCAAAGUCUGCAGCAAACACGAAAUCCUAUCGUUUUAUACUGCCACGGUAACUCCAACCACAGAGGAUCGCCACACAGACUGUUAAUGUACCAAGUAUUUCAAAAGCAAAAUUUCCAUGUCGUCACUUUUGAUUAUCGCGGCUAUGGCGAUUCCACUGGCAUUCGACCGACGGAGGACGGUGUGGUAGAAGACGCUUUUCAUAUGUACUCAUGGAUAAUGGAUAAUGUAAAGCAAAACAGCCCGAAAGUGUUGAUCUGGGGACACUCGCUCGGCACAGCCGUGGCGUCGAACCUAGUUGCAAACUUGGAUAAACUAUGCGAACGGUUUAAGAAGAAACUUAUGCCGCUACCGUACGCAUUGGUUCUGGAGGCGGCGUUCAACAAUCUGUGCGAUGAAAUCGAGAAGCAUCCUUUGUCUAAACUCGUUUCUUGGUUACCGUAUUACAAAGACACGUUUCUGAAGCCUUUUAUUGAUUCAUCGGAAUACGCGUUCCAAACAGAUCAGCAUUUGAAGUUGGUUCCUGAUUUACCGAUAUUGCUCAUGCACGCUAAAGGUGACAAGAUAGUACCAUAUGAGUUGGCUGUUAAAUUGCAUCGGGAUAUAAAGGAGUCUCGAUUAGAAGGCGGAGCGCCCAUCAUGCUGCACACCUUUAGCCGCGGACAAGGCUUGGGCCAUAAUAACAUAUGUGAAGCUGAAAGUUUACCCGAAGUUGUUUCAAAGUUCAUGGAUAUUGUUGAUAGUUACAAUUCUAACAAAGUGUCAGAAUAUAAAGUUGUUUUAUAA